CACACACCAAAUGGGUGAGCUGUGUGGUUCAGUCCAUCAGCUCAAGGCAGGCUCGAGAGAAUAUAACGCAUCAGGGUAUUGUUACCAGGAAGUGGGUCGGGUUAUUUAUAUUUCAACACCCGUCUUUUCGUCCCUGUGAGAGAACCGGCGUUAGUAACCUGAAGCUAAAUAGUCAAACAUUGUCUGGUUUUGGUUGAAUCAACCUGGUAGAAAGCAGUUGGCUUCACAUACCAGGAAGGGGGAGCAUAAAUGAACUUUGUGACGGAUUCAGCUCUGACAGAGGUAAGUCUGACUCAUUCCUUUCUGUUUUUAUUGCAGUCUGAGACACUCAAAGUGAGAAUAAUACAUUUUAUGGCACAGACCAUAUAUAUUUUUGCCUUAGUGUUAUUCCAGCUGUUGUGACUUUCACUUCACUUAUUUCAUUUUGACUCUAAUUUCAACAAUGUGUUUCUUUCUAUUCCCACUAAUUAUCUGGCUUUUUGUAAUAGUAGUAGGAGUGCUCAGUUUGUGAUGGUGAAAGCAUAAAUUGUGUUGCUGUUGGUUAAAUGAUAUUCCUGUUGUAACUGUGCUUCUGCGCAAUCUUCUGAACACAAGUCCCUUUAGAGUUAACGUACACACUUACUGACCUGUUUAAAAUGUAAAAUUACAACACACAAUAAAACGCACUUCACAAAAGCACACAAAUAGAUUCCACUUGAUGUACUGAAUUGGUAAUAAUUUAUUUUACUUAUAAAAAUAAUUUAAAAAAAAGUUUGAAAACUGAAGAGAAAAUGUAUGCAGAUUUUUAUCAUUAGAUUCUAGUAAUAAUUAAAACUUACUGCAACAAUGAGAAGCCAAAGUGUUAAAUUAAAGUUUAUUUACAAGUAUUAAUCUCGUAAUAAAGCACAAUUUGGGCUUGCCUGCAUGUCUAAAUCAGGUUUGAGUCAAGCUACGUGAUUAUUCAUAGAAUCACUGUGAUGGGAGGAUCACCUUUUCACAAGUUUUAAUGGAGUUAAUUUUCCACAUUCCUAAAUAAUCAUCACUUUGUCUUAUUAGAAGUGAAGAUGAAGAUCCACGAGAAGAUUAUGACCCAUUACCUAUCAUGCACCUCUCCGGUGGAUAAAGAAGGAUAUCUCUACAAAAAGAAAGAGCAAACUGCCACUUAUCAGCGGCGAUGGUUUGUCCUGAAGGCUAAUCUACUCUUCUACCAGGAGCGUCCAGCCGAUCGACAUCUGCUGGGCGUCAUUGUGCUGGAGAGGUUUGCAGUUCAGUGCUCGGAGUCAGAUGGACCGUUUUCCUUCUCCCUUGUGUUUGGGCCUGGACUCAAAACCUACAGAUUAGCAGCUGGAGAUCACUUGACUCAGGAGAGCUGGGUGAAAGCGUUGCUCCCAGCUAGCCACUGUUUCCUGUCGCAGCUGGUGAUAGAUCUGGGGAGGCAGUAUGAAGAAGCUAAACAACAAGGAUCUGGUGACACCAGCUCCUCUGCCUGUCCCCUCUAUCCAAACAGCCUCUUGUUACCUGUACAGGUGACAUCAACAGUCAUCAGAGAGGGGAGGAGCUUCAGCGCCAGUGCCGUGCUACAAGCCCCAUCAAUACCAACUAAAGCAGUAGUACCCAAAAAGUCUCCCAAACUGUGGCCAAGGAGGAAUGCUUAUGUGACGCCACUCAAUGGACCGGCCCCUUUGUACGGCGAAUGGCCUUUGGUGGGGUCCGAUCCACUGGUGGAGUUCAGUAAACUCCAUUAUCAUUAUGGUCAGGAAGUAAAGAAAGCAAGAGAUGAAUGGCUGAGGAGUCGGCAACCACAGGAGGACAGCAGUGAUCGAGAUCUAAUUGACUUGGAGUGAUGGGGAGAUAACCUAAAGACGUGUAAGGGAACUAGGACUGAACUGUUGUUAAUUACUCAUCUGUGUAUUCAUGGAGUUUGAGUCCUCGACAUUGUUUAAAAUCUUUGUGUUUUGUACUGAACCAUGAAGAA